CAAAAUAGCGUAAAGCUUAGCAUAUAUAUCUAGCUGGUGCAAAUCAUUUCCUUAUUAAUUCUGCUUCCUUAUUUGUUUCUCACUAAUAUUCUUUCUCUCCAAGUUUUCUUGGAGAAGGGUUCCUUUUUUCUUGGUUGGUUUCUUCUCUUAUUUCUCCUACUACUUUUCAUGGCAUCCGCCACCGCCAACAGAUGGUUAAGGCCUGAGGUAUACCCACUUUUUGCAACAGUUGGGGUUGCUGUUGGCAUUUGUGCCAUGCAGCUUGUAAGGAACAUCUGCACCAACCCUGAAGUGAGGGUUACCAAAGAGAACAGAGCUGCAGGAGUGCUUGACAACUUUGAAGAGGGUGAGAAAUAUUCACAACAUGCUGUCAGGAAGUUUGUACGCAAUAGAUCCCCUCAGGUCAUGCCAUCCAUCAACAAGUUCUUCUCGGAUCCAAAUAUUCCAAACUGAAUCAAAUUUUGUGAUUUGAAGAUUGCUAGAUAUUUGAAUUUCGAAAAUGGCGGUUGUCUGCUUAAAUGAUUGAUUUGGAGAAAAAGAGAGACUAUUUAUUUUUUUAGAAGAGACAUGAGAUAAUUGUGUUAUACUGGAUUCUAUCUUGUUGAUGCAUAAGCACAAUCCUUUAGUAAUAAAGCCAAUAUUUACAAAUUGGACAUCA